GUUUGACGACCUGAUUGAAAAACUGUUUUGGUGAUACAGACGGUUUCUUGGUGUAAUUUCCGUAUUUAUUUUAUGUGAAAAGUUGAGGGAAAUGUAUGGAAUGUGCUUUUAAUGCUGUAGUCAUUUGGGAAAACUGAUAUUUUGGUUUGAGGACAUGGAUUUUUCUAGAAUUUGGUGUUGAAACUUUUGGAAACAAAAUGGCGUCGAGGCCAUUUUUCAAAGAAUGCUCCAAGUGUUUAUUUGUGGAAUCCAUGGAACGGUUAGCGGAAGUGUUCGGAGAGGCUCUAUGACGUCACAGCGUCCAGGCUCAGAGAUCGUAGCUGAGUUUAGCUGGUUGUUGAAAAUGUUGUCUGGACAUCGGGUCUUUCUCAGUUCAGAGCUGAUCCUGUCUGUGAACGGAUGUUACGAUGUUGUUUAAAACACAGUCAGGUUUGUGUUGUUCUGAACUCAGAGCUGAACUGAACCAGUGUCGGUCUGAUGCUCCACCUGUUAUUUCAUCUCUCCGAGUCAAACCGAGCUGUUCUGCUGUUUUCUUCCAUAACCGUCUCCUGAUGUGAUUGUGGACCUUCCCACCUCUGAGACGACAGAUAAGUGGCCUUUGAAUGCUGUUCUGUACACAGGUUUUAUGCAAUGCACUAGUUUUUCUCCUUACUCUUUGCCUGCUCUUCUCUUUUAUUCUCCUUUUUUCAUCAUGUUCUCCUUCUUCCUCUCCUACUACUCUUCUUCUUCUUCUCUGUCUUCUAAUCCUUCUCUUCCUUCUCCCUCUCCUCCUUUAUCUGCUUCUUCUCUUCCUCUCACAUCUCAUCCCUUUCCUUCCAUUUAUUUUGUCCUCCUUCCCCCCCUCUACUUCUACUGCCUCCAUUUUUUUCUCUAUUUUUUUGCCUCAUUCUACGUUUUUCUUCAUGUUCUCUUCCUUUCUUUCUUCUACUUUUUCUUCUUCACCUUCUCUCCCUCAUUCCACUCCUUGUUCUUCUUUCAACUCCUUCUUUAUCUCCAUAUUCUUUUCCUCCUUCUCCUCCUCCUCUGUCAUCUUCUUCCUCAUCUCUUCAUCCCUGUAAUCCUUGUUUUUCUUUCUCCUUUUCUCCACCUACUUCACUUCUUUUUUCUUUCCUCCUUCUCCUUUUUUCUCUUCUUCCUAUUUUGACUUAUUCUUAGCCUUUCCUCUUCUUCUGUCUUCUUGUCCUUCUUUCUCCUCAUUCUGUCAUUUUCCUCUUCUUUUUUCAUCUCCUCUUCCCUCCACUCUGUUAUUCUUCCUCCUUCUCUAUUACUACUCCUCCUUCCAUCUUCUGCUUCUUUCUCCUCUUUCUUCUGUCUUGUCUCCUUCUUUCUCCUUCUCCACUGUCUUAUUUGUUUCUUUGCCAUUCUUCUCUUCAUCCUUUUUCUUGUUCUUUUAUUUUCCUCCCUCUCCUUUUUCUUCUCCUCGUUCACUCUUCAUUGUCUCCUUACACAGCUUCCUUUACUCCUUGUUCUUGCAUUUUCUUUGUCCAUCUUCACUCUUCUUCAUUCUUUUGUUUUUCUUCUUGUCACUCUUUUCUUCUCCUCUUCAUUCUUUUUCAUCUGCUCUUUUUUCUUUGUGUUCUCCUUCCUCUUCUACCUGUUCUUUUUCAUCUCUUCCUCUAUUACUCAUUGUUCCCCCUCUUUCUACUCUUCCUCACUCUCUUCCUCAUUGUUUUUGUCUGCUCCUCAUUUUCUCCUUCUUCUCCUUCUGUCUUGUCAUUCUUUUCUUAUCCCAUCCUUGUAUUUUUUUACUCCUUCAUCCUCUCCUUUGUUUUCUUCUCCUCUUCCCCUUUAUUUUCAGGUCUCCUCCUUCCUUUCCUCCUACUGCUUCUUUUCCAGCUCUUCCUCUUCCCUCCUUGUUCUUCCUCCUUCUCCUUCUCUUCCUCAUUCUUUCCUUCUCAUCCUCCUCCUUCUGUCUUCAGCUUUUUCUCCUCCUUUUGGCUUCUUCUAAUUUUCUCCUCUUUUUCCUUUAUUUCUCCUCGUCCUUCUCUGUCCUUGUUAGAAGAAAAUUGAGUGUUCACAUGAUCAUAUAUCUCUGUGCUAAGUUUCAGUAGUUUUCUACUUGCCUGUACACUCACAAGAAUGUAUGUUGUAACCACAUUGCCACACAUGCAGCUUACAGUCACAACACACAUACACCUCACCUGCUAAACAUUCUCAUUCUCACGAGAAAAUUCUUCUUCUCACACCACACAUAUGUUUUGUCUCAGAGCGUGGGACCGCCCCACCCUCUGCUGUUCUGUAACCUAUGCUUUAUUAUAAAUAAAGGGAUAAGGAACUGCUCGGCGCGUCUCUGCUUCAGAACGUGAGCUGAGCAGGGUGCCCUUGUACAAGAAAUCUCUUUGUCUGUGUUUGAUCUGUUUCUCUCCUCUCAGUUCUGUGAUCCAGGUUGGAGUCAGCCCGCUGGAGGCGGUAAUCCUCUGACAUAAUUCUUGGUCCUUCAAGCCGGAUGGGAAGCCUGAGAUCCCGCUGAGUGGUUAACCUGAAGUCUGUCGACAGCCAGUCACCCAGGGUGUCUGAAAAGACCCAGGACGUGAAUUCGGACCUGGGCCAGGGUUAGAACCAACCCUCACGGUGAUUCUCUGGUUUUCCGUCCGAACAACGGAUCACUAGAACGAGAGUGAGUAUCCACACGCAAAGAGAGUGAAUGGGUUUCGAGCUUUAACCGUAGCUAAAGUUCUGGGUUUAUGAAUUUUAACCGUAGCUAAAAUUCUGGGUUUUGAGCUUUAACCGUAGCUAAAGCUCUGGGUUUAUGAAUUUUAACCGUAGCUAAAAUUUCGUGCACAAGAGGGAUUUCGAAAGGAUCCCUGGAAAAGUCAGUAAGUUACUUUUCCUGUGAAGUAGGAUUACUUCACGUAGGUACCUACACCGAGGUAAACCCACUGGAGGUGGUAAAUCCUCGUUAAGGGAGAGAAAGUUGUGUGGAUGUACGGGGUCAGAGGACAUUUUUUAGGAUUUAGAAUCCUGUCCUACCUCGCUGUGUUUAUUGUUUUGUCUGUUGGAGUAGGACGUAUACACGGUGUUCUGAGUAAGCUUUCCCCGCACUGAAUUAGUCAGUGUAGAAGCUUGGGAGAGGAACUUCACUCAGUAUCACUUCAUGUGUAAGAACUACUCACGCAGAACUUCAUAGUUUUCUAUGUCAAUACUCAUAGUUAUUUGGAUUAACUCCGAAGGACAACAAAGUGAAAUUAAAUAUUAUCUCAAAGAAGGACCUGGUGAUACAAUAAUCCUCCACCAAGGUCUCCUUCACGUCACGGGAGAAAUUGUUUUCAAAAUAGAUUGUUUAAAUCCUGAGCAACCCUACCAUGGGAGGCUCUAAAUCCAAAAGCGUUCACCCUGAUGUCCUAUUCAUGGAGAAUAAAUGCCCAGGUGCAGGACAAACUUUUGACCGGUGGAAAAAACUCGGGUUUUCGGGACAAUUAAAAACAUGUGACAUUCUUAAAUUACAAAGUGACCUCCAAUUAGAAAAGCUUAAAACAAAUAAGAAAAAGAAAAAAGAGAAAUUAGAGAGGGAAAUUACACUCAGUAAAGCAUGGUUAGAAGAAAGUGAGAGAAGAGAUGGACAGAGGAAGGAAAGAGAAAAGAAGAAGCAACAGAAAAAGGAUGAAAAAUUAGUUGCAGGACUUGUGAAGGAAGAUGAGGAAACGGUUGUAAGUAGAACAAGGGAGGUUCAGAGAAAGGAAGAACAGGAAGUUAGCGAAGGCACACCUAAUAGGGAACAACAGAAAGUAGAACCACCAUGUUUUUUGACACCAGAACAGAGAGAGUACUACACACGUUUAGCCAGACAGCGUAGAGAGGAACGAGAAAGGAGAUUCAAUGACACCGAGAAUAUGAGAAAAUUUCUAGAGCAGGGAGGAAUCAAGAAAAGAGGGGCGAAGGAGAAAAGUAAGGAGAUAUAUCCAGUCAGUGCAGUGGAAAGACAUGAAAGAGACUUCAGACCUGGACAUGACAUGACCGAGGAAAUAGAGCGCUGUGACGACUGCGGACCGACUCAUGUUACUGUAUGUCCACUCAUAGAAGUUGCAAACCCGAGGUUUGGCCAACCUACGGGCGAGCAAGACGACCGUGGUGGACCCAUUGUAGACGUAGAACCAACAAUGCUGGUUUACAGACCUUGGAGUAAUCAUGACAGAAAGAAAGCCACAUCGGGUAUCCCACACCCAAAAGAUGGUCUGAACGAAUUUAUCAAUGGCAUGCAAGGACUUAGAGUGAGCUACAGAUUAAAUGGUACAGAACUACAACAGUGUUUACAGGACGUUCUGACCUCAGACUGGGGGAGAGUACGGGGAGACUAUAUAGGACUGGACACUAGAGGAAGCCCUCUAACAUAUGACAGCCCAGAUAUGCUCAGACAAAUAGCUGACCUUUUAGACAGGGUUCGCCUCGAGUGGCCAGUGAGGGUGGAUUAUGCGGCCAUAGGAGAAACCAAGCAAAAAGAAGGAGAAUUGGCAGCAGAAUAUAGACACAGGUUGGAAAGAGUGUUUAGAGCCAAUUCAGGCAUCCAGCAGGAUGAAGCCGAGGAGUCUCCUUAUCAACAGCAAUUAAAAAUGCAUUUCUUAAAGGGAUUACUCCCACCAUUAAGACACCAUGUGGAAAAACACUGGGUAGACCAAAACACAGGCUCAGUAACACAGGCCGUUAACCAAGCUACUCAUGCUGAAGGGGUACAGAAAAGAAAACAAACCCAAAGCUCAGUUUAUGUAACUGAAAACCUUGAAGCCUACAGCCACAGACAGAACUAUCUGAGGGGAAGAGGUAGAGGCCGUGGUAGAGGCCAUUGGCGUAGACAUUAUCACACACGCACAGAAGACUCAGAUCAACUACAGAAAAAUCGUGAGCAGAAAUUGUGCUUUAUCUGUCACCAGCCAGGACACAUCGCGAGAGAGUGCAGACACAAACCCCCACAAGCAUGACUAGUUGCUGAUGAUAGCAGAAAACAGAAAGUAACACCUGCUUCCGAUAGGGAACAAGAAGUGCAGCUCGUGCAAUCACAAACUGCAGCUACACAAGAAAAUAAGAAAACACAGCCCAGCUCAGCUGCACAAACAAGCUCACACACACAAGGUCACAUACAGAAAGAGUGAGAACAGAGUGAUACUGACACCCAGCUUGAUAUUUUCAGUAUGGUUAAAGCAGCGCAUGAUAAGGACUCACCCACUAAACCAAUUUUGAUAAAUGGCAAAGUUUUUAACUGCUUAUGUGACACAGGAGCAUGUACUACAGUUCUUAGAGAGACUUUUCCUGGGAUGAGACUCUCCAACAAUGUAGUUUGGGUAAAAUCUGCAUCAGGACAUGUGACUCCUCUUAGAACCACACAUCCUGCCGCCAUUCUAGAUCCAGACUCCAAUAACAGCGCCAAAAUAUCAAUACUAGUGGAUUCAUCUUGUCCAGUAAACCUAUUAGGACGAGAUGCCAUGGUUAAACUGAAUAUUGGAGUUAUCCCCGACAAAGAUGGUAAAAUGACUGCAGUUACACUACAAACUACAUGUCUGGUGGAAGGAGCAGGUGUUCCACAUUUCUUUUGGAGUUUAGACCUGGUGGAUGAGCCUACAUCUCGUCACCUACUAACUAUGGCAAAACACAAGUUGAAAGAAACUCCCCGGAGUCCAGAUGUGGUUGAUUCCAUGGCACCCUCAGACCUGCAUUGCACAUUGCGAUAUAAAAAGGAUCCUGGACCAGAUGAACAAUAUGAUAAGAGAGUGCAUGCAGUAAAAUGCCGCACUAUCUGUCUCCAAGCUAUGUAUGUUCUGCCAUCAGGCGAUUCCUGUUGCUCAGUAAUAAUGGGACAGGAACUAAAAUCAAUAAGCAAAAUCACACCUGCACAUGUCUCGUUGACAAAAGCUAAGAGUCACCAGUGGUGGAACAUGCCUUUUAUGUUGGAGAAAGCCGAAAGAGAUGACUAUUCAAAACCUGAUGAUGAUGGUUGGAGUACAGGCAAAAACACACAAAUUAGGAAAAAGGUUUUGGGACUGUAUGUAGGAGUCACGCCACAGACACACCUAGAUGAAAAGAACUGACUAUUAGAAAAACCACAGUUUGCACUGUCAUUAGAACAUAUGCAAUUAUUAGAUACGUUACCAUCUGCAUUAUGGUCUACAAGCCCGACAGAUGUUGGAUUAAUAAAAGAUCAGGAUCCUAUAAAAGUGAAAUUAGUCAAAUCAGACAGACCAAAAUUAAAACAAUAUCCACUGACUCAGGAAGCACAGGAGGGCAUAGGACCAGUCAUAGAGGACAUGUUGAAAGCAGGAAUACUGAGGAAAACAGACACACCCAUUUGCAAGACUCCUAUUUUUCCUGUAAAAAAGGCAAAUGGAAGAUGGAGAAUGGUUCAGGACUUACGGGCAGUAAAUGCCAUAGUAGCACCUGAACCGGUGGAAGUCGCGAAUCCACACACUCUUUUGAACAGCAUAGACUCCCAAGACAAGUGGUUUAGUGUUGUGGACUUGUCUAACGCCUUUUUCUCUGUACCACUCGACAGAGAAUCUCAAGAUUUGUUCGCAUUUCAAUAUGGUGGCCAAAUGUACACCUACACCAGGCUUCCACAGGGCUUUACAAACAGCCCGACUCUGUAUUCCCAAGCUCUACGUGCUUCUAUGACUAAGUGUUCACCCUUAACGAAUGGCCAGUAUUUACUAUAUGUUGACGACAUACUGAUAACUGGACACACCAAACAGGAUUGUGAGCUGAAUACUUUGAUAGUGUUAAGACACCUAUAUGCUGAGGGCCAUAAGGUCACUAAGACAAAAAUCCAACUCUGCCAAACUAAAGUAGUAUAUUUAGGCCAUAUCCUCUCCCAGAAUGGCAAGGCUCUAGCUACUACUAGGAAGACAGCCAUCUUAGACACUCCUAGACCUGAAACCAAACAGCAAAUGAUGUCAUUCCUUGGUCUGUGUAACUACUGCAGGACAUGGAUUCCUGAUUACACCAGGAAUGCUCAGCCACUACAGAACCUGAUACAUGGGAAACAGAUGGCCAUGAAAGAUAAAAUACAGUGGACACCAGAAACAACAGACUGUUUUAUAAGGUUAAAAGUGUUUUUACAAUCUGACACAGUAUUAGCUUUUCCAAAUUAUUCUAUGCCAUUUACUCUAUUUGUUUCAUCACAUCAGGGAUUCAUGUCCGCUGUACUUACCCAACCUUUUGGUGCGAGACACCGACCUUUAGCUUUUUAUUCUAAGAAACUAGAUGUGGUGGCUUCUGGCUUACCUACCUGCGUGCUGUACAAAUGCAUAUUCUGUUUUCUCAAUAUCAACAUCUGCCUCGGGAUGACACCAAUAACGCACCUGGAGGUGCAGACUCGUCAACGGAUUCUGGUACCGAGGCAGAAGAUUCUGUGUAAAUACUCUAGUGACUAGGCCAAUGACAAUGUAGCAGAAAACUAUUUUAGAGUUGUUACAUUUUGAUAACUUCCUAUGUCAUUACUUCUCUCUGUCUCUUAUCCUAUUUUAUCUUGUUUACCUUAUCAUGUUAUUUUGUGUUCUUUAAUAUUGAAUUAAUGCAUAUAAUCAUGAUGACCAACAGGAGGGAAUGUUAGAAGAAAAUUGAGUGUUCACAUGAUCAUAUAUCUCUGUGCUAAGUUUCAGUAGUUUUCUACUUGCCUGUACACUCACAAGAAUGUAUGUUGUAACCACAUUGCCACACAUGCAGCUUACAGUCACAACACACAUACACCUCACCUGCUAAACAUUCUCAUUCUCACGAGAAAAUUCUUCUUCUCACACCACACAUAUGUUUUGUCUCAGAGCGUGGGACCGCCCCACCCUCUGCUGUUCUGUAACCUAUGCUUUAUUAUAAAUAAAGGGAUAAGGAACUGCUCGGCGCGUCUCUGCCUCAGAACGUGAGCUGAGCAGGGUGCCCUUGUACAAGAAA